CUGUAACCCGCCUAAAAACGAAGAAGCAAAAGAAGACGAAGAAGAAAUAAAGUACUGACGCACUUCCUCAUCCCUGCAGCGGGAGUCUUCCGACUGAGUCUUGGUUGUGUGACAGCCAUUGAUCCCUGAUGAUUGUGAGCCGGCUCACCGUAAGAGGCAUUAUAAAGUCACAACUCUAUGCUUCUCUAAGGAAAGAUUGGAACAGUCACACAAUGGCUAGGCCCAGUUCAGACCUGGCAGCGUUCAGAGAAAUCUUCUUAAAGGCCUCCAAUAUAGCCAUCAUCACUGGCGCAGGGGUGAGUGCCGAGAGUGGAGUCCCCACCUUCAGAGGUGCGGGAGGCUACUGGAGAAAAUGGCAAGCUCAGGAACUUGCCACUCCUGAGGCCUUCUCCAGGAACCCGUCACGCGUGUGGGAGUUUUACCACUACCGUCGAGAAGUCAUGGUCACGAAAAAUCCUAAUCCCGCUCACCUGGCCAUUGCAGAGUGUGAGGAGCAACUGGGCAGACAGGGCCGGAAGGUCACUGUCAUCACUCAGAACAUUGAUGAACUUCAUCGUCGGGCUGGAUCCAAAAACAUCCUCGAAAUUCACGGAAGUCUUUUUAAAACUCGAUGUAUAAGUUGUGGCCACGAGGCAUCGAAUUACAACAGCCCCAUUUGUGCUGCUCUGGAGGGCAAAGGCGCUCCAGACCCAGACACACUUGAUGUUCAAAUCCCUGUCCAGGACCUGCCCAGGUGUAAUCAAGCAGGAUGCUCUGGUCUUCUGCGGCCAGCUGUUGUAUGGUUUGGGGAGGCCCUUGAUUCGGACAUCCUCAGUCAAGCAGAGAAAGUGCUGGAUGGCUGUGACCUCUGCUUAGUGGUUGGCACUUCGUCUGUGGUGUAUCCUGCAGCAAUGUUUGCUCCUCAGGUGGCUGCAAGAGGUGUACCUGUGGCCGAGUUCAACAUGGAAAACACACCUGCCACAAUGCGUUUCAGGUUUCACUUUCAUGGACCCUGUGGGACCACCUUGCCCCCUGCACUAAGUCUCCCAAAACAACAUUGAAAUCCAGAUCACUAAACACAGAAAAGACUGGCAAAUAAUUAUUAAACAUAUUUAUUUAACCAGAGCCCAGUAUGAGUAAUGAUGAUGGAGAGGUUAUUCUGUAUUAUACAGGACCUUUGUAAUGCAAUUUAAUAUAUU